UUCCGAUGUUACAGCGAAACUGUGAAUCCAGUUUGGAUCUACUCCGUAUCAUUGCUGAGGCAUACUUUGCACAACCCACCGCCGGGGAAUAAGCGUGGACAGAGAACGACCUGAAGAGAUGGUUGACACUCGAGAGUAUAAGCCGAGUCUAGCCACCUUGAGCAAGUACACUUUGAACCCUUUCUUUGUUCAUCUCCCCUCGUCUCCCCCCUCUGUCCCCCUAGUCGUCCAGCGUCUUAUCGCCCGGAGGUGCUCGGCAGUCCGAAACUCCUCCUCUCCAACUCUCCUCUGCACUUGCAUACGGCAGCGAUGGACGAGAAGGCUUCACUACAGGAUCUCCCUUGGGAGAAAGCAGCCCCAGAGAGUUCUCCCGCUUCUCCCAAUCCUCCCAAAUCCUCCAUUCGAAGCUGGAUUCUGCUCAUCAGCACCCUCGUGGCCGGCGGCUGGUUCCUCUGGCCCCACUACUGUCGCCAUACUCGCGUGCUCACCAUCGAGGACCGGGUGCAGCACAUUCUGUCCACCACCCCUUUGAUCGAUGGACAUGAUGAUUUCCCCAUCCAAAUCCGAGCGCUGUUUCACAAUCACAUCAACACCCCCAACUUCACCGAGGCUUUCGUUUAUGGGGACCUUCCGGGUCAUGUGGAUCUGCCUCGUCUGAAGAAAGGACAUGUUGGAGGCACCUUUUGGAGUGUCUUCGUUCCAUGCCCUAGGGAUUGGGAGGAUUUCUCCGAUGAGAACUAUGCUCCCAGUGUUCGAAUGACCGUGGAACAGGUUGAUCUCAUGUCGCGCAUCCAGAAGGCUUUCCCAGAGGUCUUCUCCACGCCCCCCAAUGGCACCACGGCCUUGGACGCGUUCCGACAGGGCAAGAUCAUCUCCCCCUACGGUAUUGAAGGCCUGCAGUCGAUUGGCAACUCAUUGGCACACCUGCGGAUGUUCUAUGAUUUGGGCGUAUCCUAUGCCACACUGACCCAUAAUUGUCACAACAAGUAUGCCGACGCGGCCAUCGUCGAACAACCGGACGGCACUCUGAAGCUCGCCACUCCUCUCUGGCAUGGCGUCAGUCCCGCAGGCCAGAAAGUGGUGGCUGAAAUGAACCGGCUGGGCAUGAUCAUCGAUCUGGCUCAUGUCAGCUUCGACACGAUGCGGGACGUGCUGGGCGCGGGCAAGACUGAAUGGACGGGCAGUCGUGCUCCCGUGAUCUUCAGUCAUAGCUCUGCCUACGCUUUGUGCCCACACCCCCGGAACGUGCCGGACGAUAUCCUGGAAUUGGUCCGACAGCGCAAUUCCAUUGUCAUGGUCAAUUUCGCGCCCGAUUUCAUCUCCUGUCACGCAUCCGGUCGGGACAGCGGCAUGCCGAAUGUGGACUAUGCUCAUGCCACCAUCGAGCGGGUUGCCGAUCAUAUCAUCCAUAUCGGCACCGUGGCGGGCUUUGACCACGUUGGCUUGGGCAGUGACUUUGACGGCAUUCCGACCGUGCCCAAGGGGCUGGAGGACGUGUCCAAGUUCCCAGAUCUAAUUGCGGAACUUCUACGCCGAGGUCUGACUGAUGAACAGGCGGCCAAGGUGGCCGGUGGCAACCUGCUGCGUGUGUGGAAAGAAAUCGACCGGGUGGCAUUGAAGCUGCAAGCCGAGGGGGCUCUUCCUGAGGAGGAUUAAUUGGGGGAGGAAUGUGAAUUUGAGCGAGGAUGUAAAGCAUGAUCUCCAGACUAUCUAUAUACAUCGAUGGCUAUAUCGAAUUGUUAUGGCAAGGUGGCUACUCCCUGCUUGAUAGAUCAUCCCAAACUCCCCUUUUGCAGCUCCGUAAACAAGCCAAAGGCUCUCAGAAUAUUCGGCCCCUGAUGUGCCACCGCAGGCAAAGGCAGUUGAUACUUGCCCUUCCCCGUCUGGAACGAAUACUUCACAUCUUCCUCAAUCGCCCAGUCAAAUGCCUGAUGCUCCGUCGCCUCCAACCGGACGGGGAUCUCAUCCACAGGUACGGCCUGAGUAGUCCCAUCAGCCAGCUGCCUCAUGGCCUCAUGCACCUCGACAAUGAACGAAUAUUUCGCAAUCCGAAUUCGAUCCCCAUUCCGACGAGUAUGCAUCCACACGUCGACGGCGACCAACUCCAAGAUGCGCGAGACGUGCAGACCCGUCUCCUCGGCGACUUCACGCACCACUCCAUCCAACAACGUGCCGUCCUCGUCGGGCUCUGCGGCCCCGCCAGGACCCUCCCAGCAACCGGGCAUGGAAUCGGUCAGAGCUCGCUGGAGCAAUAAAAUGCGUGGGGGCGGGGACCCCGCGUUGGCGGUGGGAAGAGGAGUCGUUGCUCGUUCGAAAAUGUAGCCCCCGACCCCGAACGCGUCGAAUUCGGGCCGCGCUGCAAUGAAGUCGGUGAAGGGGACAUUGAAGUACUCCAGGUGAGGAGCGAUGGUAUAGCGGGGUAUCAUCUUGGUUUGACACGGUCUGUAUUCAGAUCUUUGUGGUUUUUAGAUUUUCAUUGAGGAUGAUAAGUUUUGGACGGAGUAAAACAGCGAGGCUCGUGGCUUUC